AUGGCCACCAUCACUCAGCAACAACCUGCUGAGACGCAAUCCUACGAGCUCGCGGACUCGUCGAAGCAAACUCCUGUCGCGGAUAGUUUGCCGCCAGAGUUUGCCGCAGAGGAGAAACUGGAUAACGCCACACUUCUUAAGCUCAUUGCUGCUGGUUUCGCCUUUUUCGUCUCCGGAGUUAACGAUGGAAGCGUCGGUCCGCUUCUCCCGUACAUGAUCCGAGACUAUAACAUCAGCACUGCUGUUGUGUCGAUUGUUUAUGGUGCAAAUUUUCUUGGGUGGUUUCUUGCCGCUGUCACCAACACCCACCUUCGCCAGAUUUUCGACUUAGGUGGCCUUCUCGCAUUCGGUGCUUUCUUCCAGCUUGUAGCUCACGCGCUGCGAGUUUGGAAGCCUCCUUUCCCGUUCUUCGCAGUAACGUUCUGGCUUGUCUGCCUUGGCCAAGCGUAUCAAGAUGCUGGAGCUAAUGCAUAUGUUGCGAGCGUCAAGGCCGCGCACCGCUGGCUAGCGUUCAUACACGCGCUGUAUAUGGCCGGGUGCCUGGUUGCCCCAUUCGUCGCGACACCGAUCGCCUCGGCCGGCGAAACUUCACGAUGGUAUCUCUUCUACAGCUUCCCCGUGGGUAUCGGUGCUCUCAACUUAGCCUUGACCUGUUUUGCCUUUCGAGACACAAUCAAACUUGGUCACAAGCGCAAGACGACAUCGGCAGCUGCGUCAGGAACUCCUCUGGGCCCAACCACAGAAGAGACGAAGAGCCCGUCGCAACUCAUGAAACAGGUCCUAUCGACCAAGGCCCUUUGGACGGUCAGCUUGUUCUUCUUCUUUCUUCUGGGAGCUACCAUUACGGCGAGUGGUUGGAUAGUCGAAUAUCUUGUGGAGAUACGAAAGGGUAACAUUGGGCAAAUGGGCUACGUGCCAGCCGGCUUCAAUGGCGGAGCCAUGCUUGGCCGUCUGCUCCUCGCCGAGCCAACCUACCGCCUUGGCGAACGGCGAAUGGUGUUAGUCUACGUUGUGCUGUGUAUUGCUUUCCAGCUUGUCUUUUGGCUAGUACCCAACAUCAUCGCCGCCUCCGUCGCUAUCAGCUUUUUCGGGUUCUUUUCUGGUCCAUUCUUUGCGACUGGCAUAUCUGUCGGUUCCAAGCUGUUUCCCCCGGAAAUGCAGCCAACGGCUCUGUCUUUCGUGUUUGUGAUUGGACAAAUCGGAGGUUCUCUGUUCCCCGUAAUCACUGGUGUACUUGCGUCUCGGGUGGGCGUCAGUGUUUUGCAGCCGAUUCUGGUUGCUCUCAUCGCGGGAACUGGAACCAGCUGGCUGCUUAUCCCAAAGCCUAAGGAGUCGACCAAUACCGCGUUGCAUCAAGAGUAA